GGUCAUCAACACGGGCGGCACCAUCGGCAUGGUGCAGGACGAUAAGGGUGAGGGGCGCCGGGGACGCGGUGCGGGGCGAGCCGGGCUGCGGCGGUGGGGGGCAGCGUUCUGCGGGCGGAGGGGAAGGAGGCCGCUCUGUGCGCCAACUACAAGCCGGCCUUUAGCCGGCACCAAAACGGGGUCCUUUUCCCUCAAAUCCCGCGUCCGUGCCGGUGGGAGCGCAUCCUUCUGAGCAGCGGCCCCUGGGCUGGAGGCGGCAGGGCAGAGGACAACGUGUUUCCUGGAGCGCCGCUCCUUUCUCUCCACGCUCGCGCGCUGAAAACGAAACCGGCUUCGUUCUGCGGCUCACGCUGCGCUUUUCUCAGCCCCAAAAGAAUCACCCCGGGCUCCGUGGCACGCAGGGUGAUGUCGGGUUGGGGGUGUGGGGGGAACGGGAGCAGUUCGGUUUCGAUGAAAGUUCACUUUUCUUCUUUCUUUACAUGGUGUAGUAGACUGCUGAAGGACUGACUGCUGUGGUCCAAAUAGGACCCAACUCUUAUGGACUUGCUCCCAAGGCCAAUAAGUUAGUAAGCAGCUUGAAGACGAUGCCAAUGCUGCAUGAUGAUGCCUAUGCCCAGGAAACAAAACUGUGCAACCUCCAUGAAUUUCCAGAUGACACAUUAGUGCUCCCUGUCUCUAAGCAAAACAAAAGAAUUUUCUACACAAUCCUGGAGCUGUCACCACUACUGGAUUCUUCAAACAUGACGCCGGAGGACUGGGCCAAAAUUGCAAAGAAACUUGAGGAGCACUAUGAAAAGUAUGAUGGCUUUGUGAUCCUCCAUGGCACCGACACAAUGGCAUACACAGCUUCAGCCUUAUCCUUCAUGUGUGAGAACCUGGGUAAAACUGUUGUUCUGACGGGAUCGCAGGUGCCCAUAUAUGAGCUGCAGAACGACGGCCGAGCCAACCUUCUGGGGGCACUGCUUUUUGCUGGGCAGUUCGUGAUUCCCGAGGUGUGCCUGUAUUUUUAUAAUAAACUGUACAGGGGAAAUAGGGUGACUAAGGUGGAUGCUGGGAGUUUCAAUGCCUUUUCCUCACCUAACCUGCCUCCACUUGCAAAUGCUGAGGUUGAUAUUACAAUAAACUGGGAAACAGUAUGCAGAGCCAAUACCAAGAAGAAAUUUCGAGUUCAUACCAAUAUGAACAGGAAUGUUGGGCUUCUGCGAAUAUUCCCAGGAAUAACUGCUGCUGCUGUGAAAGCAUUUCUCCAGCCUCCAAUUGAGGGCAUUGUACUUGAAACUUAUGGAAGUGGCAAUGCCCCAAAUAACAGAGAAGACUUGCUGGAAGAACUUAAGAGAGCAACUGAACGAAAAGUAGUGAUUCUAAACUGCACCCAGUGCUUGCGAGGCUCUGUUACAACAGUCUAUGCAACAGGGCAGACUCUCGCUGAUGUUGGAGUAAUUCCUGGAUAUGAUAUGACACCAGAGGCAGCCUUAACUAAACUGUCAUACACGCUCAGCAAGAGUAAGCUCAGCUGGGAGGAGAAGAGACAGAUGCUGAGUGAGAAUCUAAGAGGAGAAAUGACUGUUGUACCCACAGGAGCCAAGAUCUCUCUCAGAGAUAGCAAGUUUAUUCAAGUGAUUGCCAGAUCUCUAAGUAUCAGCUGCAAGGAGGAGUUAGAAGCUGUAAGAGAUGCAUUAAUUCCACUUUUGGCUUGUGCUGCAGCUAAACUGGGUGACGUAGACGCACUGAGAGCCAUAGCAGAAAUGGGUGGAAACCUAAGCUGUGAAGACUAUGAUGGCCGAACUCCACUUCAUAUUGCAGCCUCUGAAGGGCAUUUACCAUCAGUUGAGUAUUUGUUAACAUCUGGUGCAACUGUUUACGCUAGAGACAGAUACGGAUCUUCCCCACUGAUGAAUGCGAUCAAGUUCAGGCACAUACAUGUGAUCAAUUUGUUACGAGAAACAGGAGCACAUCUUUCAAGCCAUGACUUGGAGAACACUGGAACAAUACUUUGCAGCCUUGCAGCUAAAGGUGAUGUGGAUGGGCUGUGCGCCUGGUACCUGGCUGGGGCAGACCUGGAGCAAACUGGUUAUGAUGGCAAGAACGCCCUACAAGUAGCAGAGGCUACAGAGCAUAAGGAGGUUCUUGACUUCCUCAGACAGAAGCAACAAAAGAAGGCUGUAGAAGAUGGUCACUCCUCUUAGAUAUACCAGCUCUGAAGCAUUAGUGGUGUCCAGUGAUUCUGGGGGGAAAAAAGAAAAGAAACAGCAGAAGCUGCACACGGAGCAUGCAGGAAAGCUAUAACUUAGAAAUAUUCUUUACUUAGGAACACAUUCAGCUCUCAAAUAUUCUUUACUUAGGAACACAUUCAGCUCUCAUUGAUUUUCUAAAAAUAAUAUGCUGCUUAUGUUCUAAUUGCUUUUUUUUUAAAGAAAGUUUUGUGAACAAGUGAGGCUGGAAUAUAUUGUCCCUACUGCACAAGCUGUUUUUAAGGAGAGCUUCUGAAUGUUCUUUUAUUAAAUCACCGAAGACAGUAUUGCAGGCAUGGCAGAAGGAAAUGCCGUGGUGAACCCAUUCUAAGAGAAAACAGUGGAUUGUACAUUUCUGUGCUUCAACUAAUAAAAUCUCGGCGGAACAA